UGGAGGGGGGAGGAAAAGGCGUUUUUCGUGCCUAUGUCUCGCCCUCUGUUUCAGCGUAAACACGUUGCUUUUGCACGGCCGCUGUCUUUUUGACUGUUUACAGUGAUUCGGGGAAGGAGUCGUUUCUGACGAGACGCCUAUCAGCGGAGUGAAUGUGCCUUGUUUGGAAUUAACCCUGGGGUUUGGUUUUCAGUUAAGAAAAUGAGGCAGAAGGGCGUGUUAACCAAGACCUUCCGCGGCCCGGCCAUGGUGUGUGGGACUCCGACCCGCCAGGUGUACAUGUUUGAAAGCGGCAGUGGGGACUCGGGGGACUCCUCCGAGGACGAGCCCCGCCGCGUGGCGCUGCGACCCCGGGGCCCCGAGCGCCAGAAGAAGGGGGCCCGCCGCCCGCCCGGGCCGGGAGCGGGGAGCGUCGUGCUGCUGCAGCGGGAGCUGGCCCGGGAGGACAGCCUCAACAAGCUCGCCCUCCAGUAUGGCUGCAAAGUUGCAGAUAUCAAGAAAGCCAACAACUUCAUCAGAGAACAAGACUUAUAUGCUUUGAAAUCUAUUAAGAUUCCAGUGAAAAACCAUGGGAUCCUAACAGAGACCCACAAAGAACUCAGACCCCUCCUGAGCCCAUCCUCAGAAACCAGAGUGACCUUCGAGGAGCAGCCAGACCAAGACAGCGCAGCCCUAAGCACUGGUGCCCCGUCCAGCUCACUGACGGAGUUCUUUAAGGGCAUUGACCAGAAUAUUGAGCAAGUGGUGCAGUCAGAAAUCUUCAUAAGUGACAGUUACUGCGGGGAGAUCUCCGAUCAGCCACUACUUCCAGCUCCUCCGAAGACGCUGACAAACGGCGCAGACUGUGGAAUUCAGUGGUGGAAUGCUGUUUUUAUCAUGCUUCUCAUUGGGAUUGUUUUACCAGUAUUUUAUUUGGUCUAUUUUAAAAUACGAGCUACUGGAGAGAUUCCUAGCAGCGUGAACACAACUGCUGUCCCCAAUGGCUCGAUGGCAGUGAGUGCAGUUCCAGGGCAAGCCCCCAAAGUAGCGAUUCCAGUGCCAAGCACCCCUUCUCCAGCCAGCCAGCUCAGGCAGACCACCUGGGGAGGGAACUAGCUAUUGGUGUUUCUAAAGAAUCAGGCCAGCUGGUGUAAUUGGGCUCCUGAUGCGCAUCAGCUGACAUUGGCCAUAUCCCAGGGUGUUGCAUUUACUUUUCUAUGGCACUUGGACACGUUUCAGAAGCCACUAGUGUGUUCUCAAUUAACACACCCUCAUAGUGUGACGGUGCUCUGUCCUUGCCUAAUUCAAGGUUGUGGAGCCAAAACCCCAACACCCUCAGCUUCCUGCAUCCAGAAGAUAAAUGUGACAGGAACAUUCACAUGUGACAUGCCCGUUUUUGAAGGCAUUUAGUGGACUGGCCAUGUGUGUCUCCACAGUAGCACUCUGUGGUCCCCCAAAUUAGAUGUGCUGGGACAGAGAAGAAUGGCCUUGGCAAUGGACCUGCAGAGUGGGAGCCCCUAGGCUCGGCUUCGGUCACCUGGGUGUUUGCAGUGUUCCUUGCCUGCUCUGGAGGGGUGGCUGGUUCUGACGAAUAUGUUUCCUGUCUCCUUGACAAAGGUGCUACCCAACAGUGGUGAAUGUGACUCUGUUUUUAGAGUGUGACAGAUUAUAAUGGUAACAAACCUGGCUUCAUAUUUGCCUUACCAGUUAGCCUUUCCGAGGCAACCGUCACUUCUAAAAUCAAAGAAGCCCUACAUCACGAGUGCUGUAAUACUGAGCAAGCAGCAGUUCUGCCUGCCAUACUUUUAGAGCUGCUUAUUCCAACACGCAGGUGUGUUUGAAGCUGCUGCAUGUGUAGCCAGCGCCUCCUGGCAGAGCAUUUGGGGGCUGGUGCCCAGCUUCACCUGAAGAGCAUCCCACAGCAUUCGCUAACUAGAUCCCCCAAGUCAGCUUUCUUUGAAGGAGCUCUUGCUGGCCAGCAUCUGGAGCUGAGGAGAGAGACUGAGUGCCAGUCAUGGGGGUCCCAGCAUAAGGCCAAACAGCCACCAGCCCAGCAUUCCCACGAGCAGCAGCCCCUGCGUGCACCUGGAAGUGUGGUGCAGAACACCACACUGCUGCUUCCUGCUGCUCCCCUGACUCCAUUCUUAGGAAUCCUAGAGCCACAGGAUGAGACCAGGGCUCAGUGUAUUUCUUUGGGUGGAUAGCACUCUAUAUACAGUGGCUCAUAUGUUAAAAGAGCAAACACUUAACGGAGGGUGUAGAGGUGACCCUUGCUGUGAAAAGCCAUAGAAAGAGGCCGAUGCCUGUCCACCCGAGGUUUGCCCUCUUCUCCCAUUCAUUCAACAAUGGUGCCCAGUGCGGAGGGUGGGGGGGGCCAUCGGUUGGCCUCUGAGCCCCUGCGGUGGAGCAGGGGUGGAAGGGGUGACAGCCUGCUUUGGUGGGAGCCCAUCUUCAUCCCACUGAGGGGUGAUGGGCUGAAGUGGCUGGAAACUCAGCCUCAGAAGCCUGUCUCCAGGGAGGUCAUCAUGCACAAAUGCUGAGCGGCGGGGCGAGCAUGGUCAGAGGCAUUUGGCACAUGAGGCCUAAUGAUAGCUUGAGAAGAUCUUGUGAAGAGGAAGGGAGUGGGGUAGAAUAGAAGAGUGCUUGAGAUGGGCUCCCAAUUUCUUUCUCUUCUGAGUUUUGUGGAAAAUGGUUCGCCCUGGGUUCCAUGAGUAAACUUGGACUAUCUUCAAAAUUGAAUGUGCUCUUCAAAAGCAAAAUGUUCUUCUGGAUAAAAUGGACUUGGGAACUUUUGCUACAAAAAGUGUGUUGAUCAUGGGAUUGCUUCUCCAGCCAAAUAUUUGCUUACUGUUCCCCUGAGGGCCACAGGGCUCUGUUUGUCACCAUUUACCUCACCAGGUGGGGCUCAGAGUCCUCUGGGAAAAUGACUUUUGCUAGGCAAAGAAUGAAUAACUGUAUUCUAUACUUUUUUCAAAUGGAAUAAAAUAAUUUCUUCUGUGAAGGAAAA